CAUCAUCAUCGUCCCUAUCGAUUGUUGAGUCAACCAUUUCUUAUUUCCCUCUCUCUCUCUCUCCAAUUCAGCCUCCGUUAGAAACAACCUGGAGGAAGAAGAAGAAGAAGAGGAAGAAGAGGAAAAAAGAUGAUGAGUGAUCGGUCGGAGUUCAAAGUUCACGUACGGAGAUCGUUUGAGAUUAUGAUCAGAACCUCCUACAGAUGGAUCUGUGAUCACCCUUUUCUCCUCGGCUUCGUUGGGUUUUUGUAUCUUCUCCAUAGAACUUGUCCUCUUCUGUUCUCCGCCUUGGUGGUUGCAUCUCCUGUUUUGGUGUGCACUUUGGUGUUACUUGGAACGAUUCUGAGUUUCGGAGAGCCGAACGUACCGGAGAUCGAGAAGGUACCGGAGACUGUCUACGAGGCUGCUCCUUUUAGAACCGAGGUUUCUAGGGAUGGUCCUUCUAGUACUGUUGUUGAGAGAGACAGUGGUGGUGAGAGUUUUCACGUGGAGAGAUUCUUGGGGAAGGAGAAAAAAGAUGUGGUUUUGGAUGGGAAGGAUGUUGCUGAUGGAUUAGUGGAGAAUCUGUUGAGUGAGGUUGAUGAUGAUGGGAGACCUUUUGAUUAUAGGCCUUUGGUUGAUGAGACUCUUGAUGAGGUGAGACGGGAUACUCAGGUGAGGUUUGAGGAGAGAGCUUUUGUUGUGGACGUGGAUAAGAAGGGAGAUGGGGAAGAUGAGAAGCUGAUUGGAAGGCAAAAUGGUGCAAUGAUGGACGAUUCAAAGGAAGAUCAGAUGGAUGUAUCUCCAGUUUCACCUUGGAGACCAAUGAGGCAUGAGGAGGACGAGGAUGAUGAUGCUGAUGACUCACUUGAUUCUGGUUCUGAUGGUGCUGAAAGUUCUUCACCUGAUCCUUCUAUGACUGACAUCAUCCCCAUGCUUGAUGAGCUUCACCCGCUUUUACACACAGAGAAUCCAGGUCGUGGUGGUGUUGCGGAUCUUGAUGGAUCAGAUGCAGCUUCAGAGGGGCCACAUAGGAGUAGUAGUGAUGAAGGGAUGGAGUCUGAUGUUGACAGUGAAAGCAAUGGAGAAGAGGGUGACAACGAGAACGAAGAGGAAGAGGAGGAAGAUGAGGAUGAAGAAGAGGAAGAGGAAAAGAAGGAGGAGAAGGAUGAUGAAAGCAAAUCAGCAAUCAAGUGGACAGAGGCUGACCAGAAAAAUGUUAUGGAUCUUGGAAGUCUCGAGCUUGAAAGAAACCAACGGUUGGAGAAUCUUAUUGCCAGGAGAAGGGCUCGCCACAAUAUGAGAAUGAUGGCAGAGAAAAAUCUUAUUGAUUUUGAUAGUGCUGAUAUUCCCUUUAAUAUGCCACCAAUCUCAACUGCAAAGAAUCCAUUUGAUCUUCCGUAUGAUCCGUAUGAUGAUAUGGAUAUACCUGGCUCUGCCCCGUCCAUUAUGUUCGCUAGGAAAAACCCAUUUGACUCUCCAUUUGAUCCAAAUGAAGAAAAGCCAGACGUCAAGGGUGAAGGUUUCGAGGAAGAGAUCUCAUCAUCUCAACAACCGAAGGAUCAAGUGUUCAGAAGACAUGAGAGUUUUAGUGUUGGUCCAUCGAUGCUCGGAGGUCCUAGGCAUGAUAGGCUGCGUCCUUUCUUUGUGCUAGAAAGAUUAGCUAAUGAGGGAACGAGCUAUUAUCCAUAUGAAAGGCAGCUCAGUGAAGUUAGUGAAUCAAAAGUCAGUUCUGUUCCUGAUUCUGAAUCUGUGUGUACAAUCCUUGAGGAUGACGAAAAGAAGGUGGAUGAACAGGAUGGUGAUGGAGAAUCUAAGGCUGAUGAUAUGGCUUCUGACCAUGAUGAAGAGAAAACCCAUUCGGCUUCUGAACAUGAUGAAGAAAAAACCCAUUCAGGUUCUGACCAUGAUGAAGAGAAAACGCAUUCAGCUUCGGACCAUGAUGAAGACAAAAGCCAUUCGUCAGAAGAUUCUGAUUCGGAUGAAGAACCUGAUAGCAGAAAUCUUCAUCAUGAUGUGGCUGAGAUAGUAUUGGGAAGUCCAGAAACACACCACGAGGAAUCAAACAUGACGGACGGAGAAACUUCUGAUAAGUCAAAACAUGAAGAAGAGGAUUCCAGUGAUAGUGAUUCAUCCUUAUCAGAGACAGAAGAGGAGAUAGGGAAUAUUAGUGAGAAUGAAGCAGUGAUGGGUUCGGAGCGGAAAGAUGAUCUUCACGAAGAAUCAGAAACUUCUUCCCAGCCUUCUUUUGGAGGAUUAGAAAUCCAUGUUCCAAGAGGGGUGGAUGAUGAUUAUAACCAAGAUGUAGCGCCUGCUUUCAUUACUGCACACCCGUCGAUGGAGGAGUUAGCAACUCAUGAUCUUUCUGGUUUGGUGGAGGACCAACACGUAGAACCUGUUUACGAUACGAGUCCUCGUUCUGGCAGUAGGUUCCCAUCAUUUUCUUCUGUAUCGUCUGAUUACAAACCAGAUAUACCUGGAAAGAGUGCGGAAGAAGUAGAGGAAAAUGCAGACAAUGAAGGUGAAACUUAUUCUGAGAGCAUUGGUGGUCCUGCGGAAAUUCAUUCCACUUCUGAUGAGACCGAAAGAAUUACAAGGGAAGUAGGAGAGAGUAGCGCACAUGUUACAGGAGAGCUGCAUGAAGAAGUGAAAGAGGCGGUAGAUACAAGAGCGCGAGAUGUUAGUGAAGACCUGGAAGAGCUUCAUGGAGAAUCACCUGAUGUGGUACAUGACGUAGCUGAAACUUCAGUAAACAGAUCAGUAGCUGAAGGGAUAAUGCACGAGGAAGAGGAUAGACAAAAGGACGAAGCAACUCCUCAAAUAUUCAAUGCAGACAUCCCAAUAGACAGUUACUCCACUUUGUCUUCUGGAGCAGUUGAGUAUGCUGAGGCGCAUUCAUUUAAUGACGAAGAUGUUUCGCAGUCGGAACAAGAUCCAGUUCAGUCAUCAGUUCUCAAUCAAACUAUGGAUAUUGAAGUAGACUCUGUGAAUGCUACUGUCCAAAAUGUGGGAUCCGAAGAAACGACUCCUUAUGAAUCAGAUAGAGAGCUGACCUGGUCUGAUAAAUCUGUGGUAGAACAAUCAUCUCCUGAACAUGGUGAAGAUCAAACACCAGCUCGUGCAACUCCUGUUAGUGUGGUUUUUUCUCGUAACAUCACUUUCCACGAGUAUCAUGAUGCUCCUGAAGACACAGCCGAUUUAUCUUGUCUGACAUCGGACACAUCCUCAUCUCCAGCAGAGUCUCCUGAGUACAAAACACCUAUGAUUGGCGAAGGCUCAAGGGCGGAGUUCUUCCAAGAGACUGUCUACGACGAGCUUGACCAUGUGGUCGAGCGAUUAGAUCAGCUUACAGAUUUACAUGCAAUAUCUCAAACUCCUCCUGAAGUUAUCAACGAAGAGGCAGACGAGAUAAAAGAGAUUGAUGAAGGUUUGUUGUCUGAACUUGACACGAUUGGAGACUUCAGUGUUAAGGAAGUUGUGACAGAUUCUGAACCUGGGCCAUCUUCGAUAGGAUCAGACACUGCCAACGAACUGAACGAAGCUCUGCCUGUUUUGGAAGCGAGAUCGGUUGAAGACAUAGAAUCUGCUUUCCAGCAGUUACAUGAAGGAUCUGAGGUUGAAGAUGUUAUUCUUCCUAGCACCGUUCAAGACCAGUUGGCUCAAGAGAAUUAUGGAACCGAGUCAGAUAUGACAGUUGUGGAAGCUACAUCGAAGGAUGAUCUAGACACUGCUAUGAAUCAGGCUGUUGAAGAGAGCAUGAGCAAGCAGCCAAAGUCACCAGAGUCAGAAGGUGGGUCUGGAGAAAUCAAGAGUGCAGUUGAAACCGAAUCAUCAGGGUCUUCAGUUGAAGAAAGGUCUCUUGAUGAGACAAAUGUUCUUCUGAACAACACACCUGAGAAAGAAGAAAAAGAGGAAAGUAGAACGGAAGAGGGAACUACAUCCAGUGUACAGUCUAUCGAAACUCGUUCACUGGAGGACAUCUCAAAACCUUCUGAACCAAAAGAGGGGAUGGCAAUGGAAGUAAUCUCUGAAAGAGUGGUGAAUCCCACAGAAGCCAGUGACUCUAGUAAUGUAACAGUAAGGGAUGAAGCUGUGUCUGAGGAAGCAAGAGCUGAGACCUCAAGCAACGCUGAUGUGAUUGUAAUGAGUCCUGAGUCUAAAGAAACUCCGGAAACUUCAGAGCAACAAGGAAAGACAGAGAAGGAGAAGGAGAAGGAGAAGGAGAAGGAGAAGGAGAAAAAGAAGAAGAAGAGUAAGUCCAAUUCUUCAAGCUCGAGCUCAAGCUCAAGCUCUAGUUCGAGUGACUCAGAUUGA